AUGAGGUAUUUCCUUGGUAUAGAAGUACUGCAGAGUGGAGAUGGAAUUUUCAUUUGCCAAAAGAGGUAUGCCCGGGAGGUUUUAGCAAGGUUUAAUACGGAUAAUUGUAAUCCAGUCCAAAAUCCAAUUGUUCCAAGUUGCAGACUCACAAGGGAUGAAAAUGGAGCAAGAGUAGAUAGUAGCCGUUAUAAGCAAUUAAUUGGUAGCUUAAUGUAUUUAACUGCCACCCGGCCUGAUAUCAUGUUUAUCAUGAGUCUUUUAAGCAGAUAUAUGGAGCAGCCAACUGAACUUCAUUUUCAAGUUGCUAAAAGGGUGUUAAGAAAUAUAAAAAGAACAUUUGAAUUUGGCAUAUUUUAUAAAAGGGGAGGAGAUGCAGAGCUGAUUGCAUUUACUGAUAGUGAUUACGCUGGUGAUUCUAAUGAUAGAAGGAGUACAUCAGGUUUUGUUUUUCUGCUGAAUUCACGGGUGGUUUCUUGGUCUUCAAAGAAACAACCAAUAGUCACUUUAUCUACCACUGAAGCUGAGUUUGUUGCGGCAGCUGCUUGUGCUUGCCAAGCAGUUUGGUUGAAGAGAAUUUUGUAG